GUACUACUACUAAUAGUUCUAGUAAAACUAUUACCACUACUACUAGUACUACUACUAUUAGUACUACUAUUGUUUGUACUGCUACUGCCAGUAAUACUAAUACUAGUACUAGUAUUAUAAGUACUAUUAAUACUAGUACUACUACUAAGAUUAAUAUUACUUCUAUUACUACUACAACUAGUACUACAACUACGAGUAUUACUACUAAUAUUAAUACUAAUACUAGUACUACUAUUACUUGUAAUAAUACUACUAAUACUACCACUCCUUGUACGACUACUACUAGUACUACUAAUACCAGUAAUACUAAUAUUAGUACUACUACUACUGGUACUACUAAUAAUUGUUCAACUUCUACUAGUACUUGUACUACUAACACUAAUUCUAUUAGUACUAAUAUUACUAGUAAUACUACUACUACUACUACCAUUACUUGUACGACAACUACUAGUAUUGCUUAUACUAGUAGAACUACUUCUAGUAAUACUACUACUAGUACUACUACUACUAGUACUAAUAUUACUAUUACCACCACUAAUUGUACGACAACUACUAGUUCUACAACCAGUAAUAAUAAUAAUAGUACUACUACUGCUAGUACUACUACUUGUAGUACUACUACUACUAGUAAUAUUACUAAUAGUACUACUACUACUAGUAUUAAAUUUAAUUGUAAGAAAACUAUUAGUAAUACUACUAUCAGUAAUACUACUACUAGUAUUACAACUACUAGUAUUAAUACUACUGGUACUGCCACUACUUGUACAACAACUAUUAUUAUUAAUAUUAUCAGUAAUACUACUACUAAAACUACUACUAAAAUUACUACUACUACUAGUACUACUACGACUGGCAAUACUAGUUCUAGUACUGCCACUAAUUGUACGUCAACUAUUAGUUAUAUUAAUAACAGUAAUAUUAAUAAAAGUACUACGACUGCUAGUAAUACUGCAAGUAGUACUACUACUACUCGUAAUAAUACUACUAGUACUACUACUACUAGUAGUAUAUUUAAUUGUUCGAAAUCUAUUAGUAAUACUAAUAUCCGUAAUACUACUACAAGUAUUACAAAUACAAGUACGACUACUACUAGUACUACUACUACUAGUAAUAUUGCUACCAGUACUACUACAUCUAGUACAAUUACUACGAGUAUUACUAAUAAUACUGGUACUAUAACUACUAGUAAUAAUACUACUAAUACUACCACUACUUGUACGACAAUUACUGGUACUACUACUAAUAGUAAUACUACUGCUAGUACUAUUAAUACUGCUACUACUAAUAAUUGUUCUACUACUACUAGUACUACUACUACUAUUACUAAUACUGCUAGUACAACCACUAAUUGUACGACAACUACUAGUACUACUACCAGUUAUACUACUACUAGUACUAAUACUAAUGGUACUACUUCAAAUAGUUCUACUACUACAGCUAUUACUAGUAUUACUAAUACCAGUACUACUACUAAUAGUAUUACUACUACUAGUAGUACUACUAUUAGUAGUACUACUAUUAGUACUACUACUACUACUACUACUAGUACUAUUACUACUACUACUAGUACUAAUACUACUAGUAACACCACUACUAGUACUAUUACUAUUACUAUUAUUACUAGUACUGCUACUGCUAGUAAUAAUACUAGUAGUACUACUACUAGUUAUACUACUACGAGUAUCACUACUAAUAGUAAUAAUUAUGCUAGUACUAUUACUACUAGUAAUAAUACUACUAUUACUGGCACUCCUUGUACGACAAUUACUAAUAUUACUACUACCAGUAAUACUACUACUUGUACUAUUACUACUGGUACUACUAAUAAUUGUUCCACUACUACUAGUACUACUACUACUACUGCUACUACUAGAACUACUACUACUAGUGCUAAUACUACUAGUAGCACCACUAAUUGUACGACAACUACUAGUAUUACCACCAGUAAUACUACUACUAAUAAUAAUACUAAUGGUACUACUUCAAAUAUUUCUACUACUACUGGUAAUACUACUCCUCGUUCUACAACUACUAAUACUACUACUAUUAGUACUACUACUACUAGUACUGCUAAUUCUCGUACUAAUAUUACUUGUACGAAAACUACUAUUAAUACUACUACCAGUAAUACUACUACUAGUGCUACUACUACAAGUAAGAAUACUGCCAGUACUAUUACUACUAGUACUACAACUACUACUAAUACUAUUCCUCGUUCUAAUACUAAUAGUACUAAUACAAAUACUACUAAUAAUAUUAGUUCUACUCUUACUAGUACUAUUACUACUUGUACUAGUACUAGUAGUACUAUCACAACUUGUACGAAAUGUUCUAUUUUUAGGACUACCAGUAAUACUACUACUAGUACUACUAAUAAUAGUACUACUACUACAAUUACAACUAUUACUAGUAUUACUACUAAUAGUACUACUACUACUAGUAAUACUACUACCAGUAUUACUACUAAUGGUACUAAUUCAAAUAGUUCUACAACUAAUGGUAAUGCUACUACUCGUACUAAUACUAUUAGUACAACUACUACUAGUACUACUACUACCAGUAAUAAUACUAAUAGUACUAGUACUACAUGUAUUAUUACUACUAUUACUACUACUACUGGUAAUACUAUUCCUCGUUCUACAACUACUAAUACUACUACUAUUAGUACUACUACUACAAGUACUACUAAUUCUCGUACUAAUAUUAUUUGUACGACAACUACUACUGGUACUACUACUAGUAAUUCUACUACUUAUACUACUACUAAAAGUACUAAUACUACUAGUACUAUUACUACUAGUACUACUACUACUAGUAAUACUACUACUAGUACUACCACUAUUUUUACGACAACUACUAAUAAUAUUAUUACCAGUAAUACUACUAAUAGUACUACUACUACUAGUACUACUAGUACUAGUAUUACUAACACUAUUAAUACUACUAAAACUAAUACUACUACUAUUACCAAUACUACUAGAAAUACUACUGCUAGUACUACUAUUAUUAAUAAUAAUACUACUAGUACUACUACUACUACUACUAGUAAUAUCAAUACUAGUACUAGCACUCCUUGUGCGACAAAUACCAUUAUUACUACUACCAUAAAUACUACUAAUAGUACUACUAUUAAUGGUAUAAUUUCUAAUAUUUCUACUAGUACUAGUAAUGCUACUACUAGUACUGAUAAUAAUAGUAUUACUACUACUAGUAUUACUACUACCAGUAAUACUAAUAAUUGUGCUAGUACUACAAGUAUUAUUACUACUAGUACUACUAAUACUAGUAAUAAUACUCCUCGCUCUACUACUACUAGUACCAUUACUACUGGUAAUACUACUACUAGUACUACAACUCCUACUAAUAUUAAUCCUCGUUCUACUAAUACUAGUACUAAUACUACUACUACUACUAAUACUAUUGAUACUACUAAAACAGGUACUACUAAUACUAGUACUACUACUACUAGAACUAUCAAUACUAGUACUACCACUACUUGUACGACAACUACUAGUAAUAUUACUGCUAGUAAUAUUAUUACUAAUACUACUACUACUGGUAUUACUACUAUUAGUACUACUACUACUACUACUACUACUACUACUGCCACUACUUGUAAUACAACUUCUAGUAAUAUUAUUACGAGUACCAGUACUACUACUACUAGUACUACAACUAUUAGUACUACUACUAAUAGUACUACCAAUACUAGUACGGCAACAACUGGUACUAAUACAACCAGUAAUACUACUACUGCUACCACUACUACUGGUACCACUACAACUAAUUCUACUACUACUGGUACUACUAAUACAAAUACUAAUAAUAUUAGUACUAAUACUACUAGUACUACUAAUAAUAUUAAUAAUAUUAAUAAUAAUACAACUAGUAUUACUACUAAUAGUAUUAAUACUAUUAGUAAUACUACUACUAAUACUACCGCUACUAGUACUACUACUACUACAA